GUGGAACAUCUUGCGAAGAGAGCAAAUGAGAACUGAAAGAACAUAGGUCGUGUAGAGAUAACAAACAUUUGAGGAGUGCGCUGCAGUUAACUGGUUCAGAAGGCGCGGGCGGGAUGGAGACCCCAGCCAAGGUCGCCGAGACGUCAGGAGGAAUGAAGCGCGUGUGUGUGACUUCGCGUACACUAUCUAAAACUCUGGACUGUAUUAAGGAGGAGGUGGGCAGGGAGCAGCAUGGUUGGAGCGGACUCGCCCCCCAAACAGCGCCCAAAGAAGAUGAAGGCAGGGGAUGUGUGUCGUUGCAUCUCAGACUUCUCAGGGAUCUCCGCUGAGGAGUUGACCCUCUACAAGAAUGACAUUGUGCAGAUCCAUGAGGUGGUGGACAAGCACUGGUUAAGGGGGGAGGGGGGUGGCUCAGUGGGUCUUGUGCCUUCCAGUGUAUUGGUCAAGGUUGAGCUGCCCCCCCAUCCCUCACACCUCCCCCUCUUUGUGGCCUCCGCAGAGUUUCUUCCCUCCCAGCCCGGUGAUCUUGGCCUACGUAGAGGGGACUUUGUGGUGGGCCUGAACCCCAUUGAUGAGUCAUGGUGGUGUGGGGAGGCAUGGGGCAAGCAGGGCAUGUUCCCCAUCAAUUUUGUGUGGCACGUCAACAAGGACAUCCUGGAGGUUGAGGACACGUCAGAGAAAGCAGUGAGGAUGGUGGGUCGGGUCAAGUCAAGCAUCAUGGCCCAGCUGCCUGAGGAACUUGACCUCUAUGCUGGCGACCUGGUCACCAUCACCCACAUUGUCGACAAGGACUGGUACAGAGGGGAAAGUAAUGGGGCCACAGGAAUCUUCCCCAAGAGUUUUGUGGAGAUAGUGGAUGAGUCUUCAGUGCCUUCACCUCCUUCUGCCCUACCAGAAGAGAACAGUUUCAUGGUUAGUGAUACUCCCUCGUCGUUUCCUCAGACUGGAGGCACUCUGAGUGACUCCAUGUUGGCAGCUCCGUACCCAAGUGACACCCCAGCUCAACCCCACACAGCAGAUACAGUGCCAGCCACUCUGGGGUACUCUGCCCCCACCAUCCAUCCCUCCACGGGUCCAGGUGCCACACCAGGUGCCAAGCUCACCCCAGCCUCCGCCCCACAGCCUGUUGCAGAAAGCACCAACACUGCAGCACUUCUUUCCAAAACAUCAACAGCCUGGAAGACUGUUGAUGUAGACGAUGCAGAUCUCUUUGAUGAUGACUACUUCAAGCAGAACAUGCCUGGCUUGUACUCCUCCAAGGGGGACAGCAGUGCCCCCUCAGCCUAUACUGGUGAUACUUCCUCAGCUUUAAGUGCAGCCAGUGGUGCCUCAGCAUCCCUUGCCACUACAGGUUCAAGGUAUGAGAAUAUUCCUGUCUCUGUCCCUGAAGAAGAGGCCAAGCCCUCCGUGCCUUCCUCUCACUACCUGGGGAAAGGACAGCAGCCAAGUGAGUACAGUUACGAGAACAUUCCAUUGGAGCCACAGCGCCUUGGAGAGGAUGGUGAGGCACUGAGUGUAGGAUCAGAGCACAGUGCCUUAUUGGAGCAGCACAAUGGCCUCACCAAGAUGAACAGUCUGUCCCAGAAAGUGGAGAACUAUCUCUCCAGUAGCAUGCUGGGGGAAUCAGCCACAGACCAUGGUGCAAGGACUGUCUCAAGCUCUGGCCACACCUGGGCCUACAGAGGCCCGUCCUAUACUGAGGACAACACCGGCAUUGAGCCAUACAGCAGGGCGGUGUUUUCCUUCAAGGCUCAGUACCCCAAUGAACUUACAUUCAAGAAGGGUGAAAUAGUCCAUCUGGUGCAGCACGUGGACUCCCACUGGACCCUUGGCCGCUCAGGGGAUGCUGAGGGAAUAUUUCCCACAUCUUAUGUGGAUAUUAUAGUGGAUUGUCCUCACAGUGAGGAGCAGCACUUCCUUGCCAGGCCAGAGGCUCCACCGUCUGCCUCACAGCUGGUGCAGGCUGUGGCUCAAUAUGACUUUCAGGCCGAGCAGGCGGGGGAUGUCUCCAUGAAGAAAGGUGACUUCCUCACAGUAAUCAAGGAGGUGGACAACAACUGGGUUAUGGUGGAAAACACUACUGGUUCCAAGGGCAUGUGUCCCAAGAACUACUUAGUUUUCCUCAAGGAGACAGAGACAGAGUCCCUAGAAGUGAGGGAACCACAGAACAAAAUCCCAGACUCCACAUCAGACAUGGGGGAGGAGCAGCGGUCAAGACUUUUGCAGGAGGAUGUGGUGCACCAGCGGUCCAGGAGCUCCUCACCCCUCAGCGCCUCUGGGAAGCGCAGGUCGUACAACAAGGAUGACUUUGGCAUCAAGAAGCAGGAUGUAGAGCAGGUGAUGGCGAGGAACAUGGCCUCCUUCGACGCCACCAGCAAGGUUGCCAUGGGUCGGCUAGAGAAAGGCGGCAGCAGCAGCAGCGUCUUCACCAAGAGGGAAAUGUCCCCGGGUGAACACAGGCAACCAGACACUCAGCAGAACCCAGGGAAGCCAAAGCCAAUGGUUCUUCCUAGGCACAGCAAGAUUGUUCCUCCUCUAAAGUCAGCUCACAGUGUUCCCAGGACACCAUCCACACCAUCCACACCUACCACACCAUCCACCACCACACCAGCUACAGCCUCCACCACUACAGCCAUAUCAGCCACACCAUCCACCACUGCACCAGCUACACCCACCACACCAAACACACCAAACACACCAUCCACCAACACAGCAAACAUGCCAAACACACCAUCCACCACCACACCAGCCACACAAACCACACCUUCCACCACCACACCAGCCACACCAUCCACCACAGCACCAGCCACACCAUCAACCAGCAUAUCCACCACAACCUAUACAACCACCGCACGAACCGGCCCCUUCACUUCCACCCGGCCAGCCCCUCCACCACUCAUCUCCCCUCGAACUAAAGUAUUUUCUGGGAGCAAAUCUUCUCCAUCAGACACUGAAGCUUCCUCUCUUCAUAAACCACCACCCACUGCUAAACCCUCACAGCCGGCCAGUCAACCCAAACCCCCCACCCAACCCAAGCCACAGCUGCAGCCUCGGCCCCUCAGCCAAACACAGCCACCACUGCCUAGUCAACCAAGACCGAAGCCUCUAAGCCAGCAUCAGCCCUCCAUCCAGCCACAGCCACAGCCUCCCACCCAGCCAGUCUACUCCCAGGUUAAGAAGACACCAAAGAAGAGUCAGAAGGAGAUGGAGGUGGGAGACUCAGAGAAACAGUGUCUGAAUGAGAGCAACAACAGUACCACCAGCAGUGCCACCUUUCCCGAUGAUGUGUGCCAGCUCUCUGUGGCCAGUGAAGCAACAUAUUCUUCAGAAACCAACUUGUCCAGUGCAUCAGCUGGCUUUGUCCCUCAGAGGCCUGCCCCCCCUCCUCCACCAAAGCUGCCAGACACUGAGGAGGAGGUGGAAGAGGUGGAGGAACAUUACUACUCCACUGCUCCUCAAGAGCCACAGGGAAUGAAGGCCCAGGCAGUCGAGAUGGUAAGUGGAGAGAGCGAUGAGGAUGAGGAGGAAACUGUGGGUGAAGAUGGGGAAGGUGACACAGAGGAGACAACAGGUGCUGCACAAAAGCAGGAGAGCAAAGCCAGCAUGCGUCGAGUCAUCACACAAGAGAUUGUCACCACAGAACAUGAAUACAUCCAUGACCUUGAGUCACUGCUGCAGGUGGUCCAGCUGGCACCCUCCAGACCAGGUGGCACCCAGGGAGUCCACCUGCCCUCCCUCCUGGGCAAUAUCACUGAGGUGAUAGAUGUUGCUAGGAAGUUUGCCAAUCUCCUGGAUCAGUCUGCAUAUGGGAAGGAGGAAGAGGUGUGUGUGGGAAGGGUGUUCCUGGCGUGUGCUGAGGAGCUGUGCCGGACUUACAAGGUGUACUGUGCCAACCAUAACAUUACUGUGGAGCCACUCAUGAAGAAGUAUGAGCAAGAGACAGGGUCAGCAGCUUUCUUGCAGUGGGUGCUGAAGGAGCUGCAGCAGCACAAGAUUCAGCUGCUGGACAUGAGAUCAGUACUCAUCAAGCCCCUGCAGAGAGUGCUGAAAUAUCCACUGUUCCUUGACCGCCUUGUGAGGGAGACUCCUGAGCAUCACCCAGACCAUUCAGAUCUGCUGGAGGCCAAGACUGCAAUGGCCAAUGCUGCCAAGGAGAUCAAUGAAUACACCAAGAGACUGGACCUGAUCAACAAGUACCGCGUGGAGAGUGACCAGUCACUGCAGGGCAAGAUGCAGAGGGUGUCCCUCCACUCAAUGUACAAGAGGUCUUCUCGCUUCACAACACUCAUCUCGGAAAUGCUGGGAAUCAUGGUGCAGACGAAGGACCUGGAGUUUGAUAAGGAGGUGGACAAGUUCAGGUCAAUGCAGCGGUGUGCGGCAGUGUUGGCCCAGGACAUGGAUGCGUUGCUUCAGGGGGUGAAGGCACGGCACCGUGGGGAGCUGGGUGUGGUGAAGGGCUUCAUAGAGACCCUCCUGCAGCCUGGCCUGGAGGUGAAGGCCCUGCACAGUGUGGCUGUGGAUUCAUCUGGGAGACUGUUUGAGACAUUUGACAACUUUGUGAGGCAGCGGGUGGCACUGCCGACUAAGGAGCUGGUGGCACUGUGUGAGGUGCCCGACAGACUCAUUCUCAAGCGUAAUGACAAGCUGUUGGACUACGACAAUGCACAGUACAAGCUGGACCGGAACAGGGACCCCACACGGACCAGGAUUCUGGAAGAGGAACUGUCACAGGCACAAGGGACGUACAAUGCGCUCCACUCUCAGCUGAUGAUGGAGCUGCCAGUGCUGACCAGUAAUGGCAUGGAGGUGCUGAACCUGGCCACUCGCUCCCUCAUCUCUGCACGCAUGUACCUGCAGGGACACCUUGCCCGUCUCUACCUGAAUCUUUCCCAGGCUCUGGGAGUGUCUCUGACGGGGGAGGAGGAAAUGCUCACACAGUUCCGGGUGAAGUAUCUACAGCAGGUGGGAGAGUUCCGGCAGCUGAGUUUCAUCCCGACCAACGUGCAGUUGUCACUCCCCAGACCAGCAACCCGUUCCAGUAAGAAUCCUGAGAGUGGGGGGUCCAGGAGAGAACAUGAGACAACCAAGACAAAGGUGGUGGGCCAGUAUCCUGGGGAGCUGGUGUACGUGGUGCGGGAGGUGCACACGCCGGCUGAGGUAAUGGAGCUGACACUGUACCCUGGCGACCACGUUGCGCUGCUCAAGAACAAGGACCCCCUGGGCAGGAUGGACCGCUGGUUUGUGGAUGAUGGAGAUAACAAGGGCUUUGUGCGAGUUUCUUGCUUGAAGCCCAUGCUUGGCUCUGAUAGAGGAGCAGAGGACACUACUCUGCCACCUGCAACACCUGGCACAGCAGUGCUGCCUUCCCGACCGGCAGCAGUCCAUGCUGGCCCUCGACCCUCCACUGUGCCCCGGCCUGCCCCAGCACCCCCUGAGCAGGCACCUCCUCGCUAUGAGGACAUCUUCCCCGUGGUGCCCACUACCUUGCCUCAGGGCACAGGCCUCCCCCAGGCUCCCCCACCCCGAUACUCCUCUGAGGGCACUGCCACACUAGCCUCCCAGCCUCCCCUGCCCAGCAAGACAGAGCCACUGCCUCCUGAUGGUGAUGGCUUGCACCAUGGGGACGGGGACUACUACUCUCCUCCCCUGGACCGACAGCCAUCUGGUGAAUACAACUCCCCUGUCUCUGAAGAAAACAAUAUCUACGAGGAAAUUGACCAGAUUCAUGGGGGCUGCAGAGGUGAGAAUGGAGCAGCAGGCCAGGAGGACACUAGCCCCAUCUAUGAGGUGAUCAAGGAUGGGGAGAUUGUGCCUGAUGAGGAAGACCUGCCACCAGAGUUAGCUGAGCCACUGUUCUACUACGCACUGUACAACUUUGGUGGUUCAGAUGGGACACAACUGAACCUGACAGCAGGGCAGGUGGUGCGGGUACUGCAUGCUGUCUCCUCGGACUGGUGGUUUGUGGAGGAACGAUCAGGCAAGCAGGGUUAUGUUCCUGCAUCCUAUCUCACCAGGUACACCUAGAUUUGUCCUCCUGGUCCUCCACCUUUGUAUUACCACUACUAUUGUUACUACUACUAGUACUGUUGCUGCAUAGAUGCCUCUUUGCUGCGAUGUCUGUGUAAGGGUUUCUGUGCCUCAGUUUGUGGCAUUCACUGAUGUGAACAGCAAGUGUUUCCUACAGGAGUUGUUACCUUAAGGCAUGUCUUCUGAAUUUGUUGAGCUACAACUGCAUUAAGGCAAAAGUCUGAGCUUUUCCUCACUGUAUCUAUGUAAUCACCAGAGUGUACUAUUUUUACAUUUAUUAAUUAUUUUCAUACUUCUUAUAGGUUUUUACUCUUUUAUCUUUAUUACAAGGAGAGAUUUAUACAUUCAUCAUAUUCUACUGCUUAGAAAGUUUUACCCCUUCCCAUGACAUAUAAGUAUAUAAUGUUUUAAGUUGGUGUGAGAGGAUCUUUUCAUAUGUUGGGGAUACUUUGUGUGUUGUGUGUUUUAAGGCAUUGGGAAGGUAGUGCAGAUGUAAAUUGUAUGUGAAUUUUUAUCUAAUCAUAUAUCCUUUCACCUCAGUAACCAAAGACUUACCACAAUGGAUCUGAUUGUAGUACAGUUAAUGAGAGGCUUUUUAGUGUAGUGUGGCUUGGUUUUCUUAGUCAGGGGCACUUCUUUGUUAGAUACUAAUGUAAACUCUGAAUCAAGACAAUUUUCCUGACUAAAUGAACACCAGAGAGUAACUAGUGAAGUGGAGGAGAAUAGAGUGAAACUUUUGUUGGAGACAGAGAGGAGGUUGUCUCUUGAGGUGAUGAAGUGUGUACUGGUGGUCCCAGAUGCAUGUUCACGAGGUGUGGGGCUAUUGUGCUCUCUCACCCCUGGCUAGCCAUGCAUAUAGGAAAUGUAUUUAAUUUAUUAAGAAUGUUGAGCAGAAAAAAAGUUGCCAUUGGUUGUCAGCUUUGUAAAGCAGCAAUAAUUUAACUGAUGAAAGAAAAGUUAACCUGUGAUUCCUAACCGCUGAGUGCUCCAAGGGAACAUUGCUCAAUUGGAAAUGUUCUUCCCGUCAGAUGGAUUCUCCAAGAUAUUUGCCAUGUUCUUGAAGAGUAGAAUUAAAAAUUUAUCAACUAUUUUUGAAAAUAAUGAAAAAAACAAAAAAAAAAUAGCAAUGUUACAAUUUUUGCACUUUGGUAUAUAUAUUCAUAUAUAUCUAUAUCUAUAUAUAUAUAUAUUCUUAUGUAUAUUUAAGUGUGUGCUUGCAAUACUAUUAUGUUGUACAUAUUCCAAUGCCAUGUGUGUAUGUAGUGUUAAGUGUCAGAUGUUCUCAUCUUGAUGGCUGCACACAGGGCGUGGUCCCCUGUAUUGUGCUGCAGACAGUGUUGUGACUCACAGGUAUAGCCAAGCUGCCGCUUACUGAUGGAUGUGAUAAUACUCAUAAUUGAUGUAUGGCUGCUGAGGCCCUGUAUUCAUUGCCAGUGAAAGGAUCUGAUCACACUGAUUCAUGUUGUUCAUAUAAGUUGUCAUAUGAUAUUUUCAGUACAUUGCCAGAUCACACUGUAGUGAAUUGGUCUGCAAGUGUCUGGAUUACAUUUGAAAUGUUUGUUUGUAUGUUGUAUAUUCAUAUUUGUUUGGUGGUUCAUUUAGUCCUUUGAUCAAGUUGUGAUCUGAAACUCAUUCCCACAGCUGUACAAUUAUAAGUGUGCUUAUGAAGUGAGUGAGGUAAUAGAUGCAGGAAGUGUGACCUGCUUGUAUGUAUGCUUGUUUAUUUCCUCAGUCACUGCCCUGUCAUGAUCUUUGCUGCAUCAGGCUCCUCUGGUCAGCAUGUGUGUGUCAUAUGUGCUGAUAAAUGUUUGUCCCUGGCAAGGGGUUCCAUAUGCCUGGGAUUUAUUCAUGCUGACUACUUACUAGUCUGAAAUAGUUAAUUUUAGAUACACUUUGCUUCUCAGCAGUACUCUGAUGAAGGGUAUUUUAGUGUAAUGUACAAAGUAAAAGUCACAUCACCCUAUGUGUUGUGACCACUGAGAGGCCUUGUGUGACAUCCUCGGCUAGUUACCACUUUGGUGUGUUUUGUACUCCUAACUUGUGUGUUUGUAGAAGGGGUGUAGGAGAGGGACCUGAUUUUAUUGCUUUACACAAUGCUCCUGGCCUCAUGCAAGGCCGACAAACACUGACUAUGUUAAUACUUGUUGGGAAAAUCAUUACCUAUUACAUUAUUCUCUCUCUCUCUCUCUCUCUCUCUCUCUCUCUCUCUCUCUCUCUCUCUCUCUCUCUCUCUCUCUCUCUCUCUCUCUCUCUCUCUCUCUCUCUCUCUCUCUCUCUCUCUCUCUCUCUCUCUCUCUCUCUCUCUCUCUCUCUCUCUCUCUCUCUCUCUCUCUCUCUCUCUCUCUCUCUCUCUCUCUCUCUCUCUCUCUCUCUCUCUCUCUCUCUCUCUCUCUCUCUCUCUCUCUCUCUCUCUCUCUCUCUCUCUCUCUCUCUCUCCACCAUGACCACAGUAUAUGCCAGGACUAUUACCAGCAUGGUGACACUAACAGCAUUAUUCUGAGAGGUAGGUAUACAUGUUUCAUUUGGCAACUAGAGGAUGUGACUGAGUGGGAACAUUGUCUGCUUGCCGCUGUGUAUAUUCCGGAGGCCUUCCACUGAUGUGUGUAUAUGCACCAAUCAGCAAUACUUUUUAUAUCUGAUCCUCUCAUUGUAGGUCUAGGCCUCUGGUGGGAGAGAUUUUAACCAUAUUUACUUAUAAAGCAGAAACUGUAAA